GCGGUGGGGUUUUUUACGUAACACGGCGGAGGGAAAAGCGGAGGGGAAGCACCGGGCAGAGGGGAGUCGGUGGACAGAAUCUAUCCAAGAGCGCACGGAGCAGAGCGCAGAGCGGAGCGCGCAGGGAGCGGAGGAUUUAUACUGAAAACUUUGACUCAGAACCGUGUUUCCAGGCCAUCAAUCGUUACGUCCCCCGCCGCCGACCCCUCGGUGACCUCUGGCAGGAAAGUGAAAGAGGAGACAACUGGAAAAGGCCUGCGGGCGUCGGACGGGCCUGCGUCAUGGCAGCCAUCGAUCUGGAGCGGGGACUGGAGCACGGCGGCCGGGGCUGGGGCCAGGAGAGGCCGGAGCUGAUGGACAACUUCGACUCGGAGAUGCAGGAGUGGGAGGACCAGCUGCAGGACAUUCAGAGGAAAAUAGAAGAGCUCUACAACGAAGUCCAGGCCCGCAGGGGAGCCAACGACAUCGCCGCUGACAACCAGAAAAACGGCGUCCCGUCAGAGUGCAGCCUGGGACACCACGGCCACCACGGCGAGUCAAACCCUGCAGCUACGCCUCUGCCACAUCACUAUAGCAACGGCUACGGCUACGACACCAACGGCUACCCUCCCGUUGGUCAUCAGAACGGCUACGCCUACUGCCACUCCAACGGCGUGUCCGAGAUCGGAGACCUGCUGCAGGACUACCUGGGAAAGGGCAAGCAGAUGAGCCGGAAGAACAACGGAGCUCGCCACGUGCACUUCAGCGACACGAUCAAGGUGAGCCCGGACAUCUCUGCGUACCGGGAUGAGUUCAGGAGAACAUCUGGAAACGAAAGGCUGGGUCCGGAGCAGUUUCUGGGCAGCUUUGAAGAGACUGAAAACCGGAAAAACCGAGUGUCUCACAUGAAGAGCUCCCCCAACAAAGAGAACACCGGAGCCAAGCCGCCUCUCGGACAAAGGGACGCUCCGGCUGCACCGCCAACGCGCUCGCAGCUCGAAUCUCCGGCUCCGGACAGGAAGUCUUUUGCGCCGGGAGUCCUGGGGGACAGAAAGUGCGCCAGCCCGUCGGUGCUCCGGAAGUUCGGCGCCAUGCUGCAGGAGAACGAGGGGAAAAUGCUCACCGAAUCGGGGGUGGUGACCCCACAGGGACCGGCCCCGGAGCCAAAGAGCCCCACUCCUGGCUGUCAGCGCAGAGCCGUGGGAGCCGCCGCCAGUCCCGGCAGGGUGCCCAUGCGCGUGCCUACCCAGAAAUGCCAGGCAGAUUGCGACGUGCUGACAGCAGAGGUAGAGCCCAGCCAAGAGUGGGGGGUGGCAUCGGACUCUGGUAGGCAGAGGGGAUCUAAAGCGUCCCAGCAGUGGAGGUCACCGGCGACUGGGAGCCCAAAGAUUAGACCGAGGACGAACAGCGUCGCGGACAGAGACGGAGGAUUGGUUCAGGGGGAAAGAGCGAGGAGGCCGGCGGAGCACAAAAUGGACCACAGGGUCUCGAGUGCUUCCUCCGGAGCUCAGAGGAUGCAGAGGGGAGGGUUGGCAGGACAGGAGCUGAGGGAUGAAGGACUUAUCGAGCUGCUGGACAUGCUGGAGAUCCAACACGAGUACAGUUCUGGUCCGAGGACCGCAUACACCGCUUACAGGCAGGAGCUGCAGCAGGUGAACCCGGUCGAGUUGUCUCCGGUCAAGCCCAAGAAGAGCUUCUCUCGUCCUGCGCGGCCGGCCAACCAGCGGCCUCCCUCCAGGUGGGCCGGCCGCACCCCUACUGCCAGAAUCACUGCCCCGUCGGGCCCCAUCUACCGGCCCCCGAGCCCCAGGACGAGAACCCCGAGUCCGGCGCCGAGGCACCGGAACCUCAUCCCCUAUUCCCUGCAGACUGAGACUGUCAUCAUGUGAUCCGUCCAACGCAGCCUGUACAUAAAAAGGACAUUUCCGUUGCAAAGAAAAAGCUUCAUUUCAUCUAAAAAAAAAUACAUUCUCCAGUGUUGCUGUGGCUUUUACCUUCUUCUGUGCCCACAUCAGCUUUGCCCCUUUAUCCCUAUUCCUUCUUCUUCUUUCUUUUUGUAUUGACUUUCAGGUGUUUUCUGUGUAACUCUGUGAUUCAGCAUGCAGCCCCGGUUCUCGAGGGUGCAUGAAUCCUCACUGCCGCCGUCCGCCGCCGCCGGGUUGAAUCAAAUUCAGCCCGUGGGGAGGAGAUCUGAGCUGCUGAGCGUCAGCAACGGCGUGUUUUACUGUAUCAUAAUGUCAAAAUAUAUUUAAGAUGAAUUAACAGCUGUGACAAAUGACUAUAAUAUGCCUUUAAUGUAUUUUUUUCCUCUUGGUAAUAAACAUGACAGUGCUUUGACUCGC